AUGUACCAAACAAAAGUAUUACCAGUUGCAUCUUUGGAUGGAAUUUUCUUGCAAAAAUGUUUAAGAAUAUCAUUCGGUUCAAACAUUUUAGUUCGAAAUUAUUCCAUAAUGUCAAGGGCAAGAAAAUUAAGAGGGUUACCAACAUUAAAUGAAACGGGUUUCUCACCCGAAAAAUCUAAAGAUCCAUUAUCAUCACCCACGAAACCAGUAAAACUUUCAUCCAUAGAUAUAAAUCAUCCUUCAUCAGAAAAAUCGUCCACAUCAAUUCCAAAAUUAUCUGCACUUAAAGAAUUCGGGAGAAUUCGAAGAAGAAAAGUUUCGGCGGAAACAAUUAAAUCGGUUCUAAAUAAUAUGUUUUAUAAGUCUAAGUCAGUUAUAAAUAACGAUGUUAUGCAGUCUCUAUCGGGGGUCAAACACGAUGAUAGCGUAACAAGCUUUCAGAAUGACAGGUUAAUAAGGGUGGAUUUGGAAAGCAUAAAUUCUUCGUCAACUGAAAAUUUAAACGCGUCAAUGUUGUCAGAACUUCCAGAGACGGGAGACUUGACACCGAAGACGGAAGUUGAUGGUUUAUAUCAAGAUGAAAUAGUAAAUUUGGAAAAGAGUAACAUGAACAACAGCGUUUUGGAUGAGAAUAAUCUGGAAUCGAAUGUAUCCAUGGAACAAGGAUCAUUAUUAUCAAUUCAAGAAGCAGAAGUGAAAAAGAAAAAAUCUUUUGAACCUAUGAAUAUUCGACCCGCUGGAAUCGAGGUGAAACUUCCAAAGAUAAUUGGAAAAUUUGUACAGCCCCCAAAUCCAAAAUUACUUAAAGUCGCAGUUUUAGGAGUACCUAACGCUGGUAAAUCAACACUAUUGAAUUCUUUGAUAGGUGAGACGAUUUCGAUAGUAUCCGAAAAAGCUCAUACAACUCGAGAAAGAAUUCUGAUGGUGUUGACAGAGGGAAACACACAAAUAAUAUUUUUAGAUACUCCUGGGACCGUCAUUGGCCGUAAUAAAGCGAAAUUUAAUCGUAUAUUA